CUUCACAUCGUGGCUGAGCUCACGGAACGUCCUGCGACUGUGGCCAUGACUGGACUGCUUCUUGCCUACGGGGCUGAUCCUGCCAUUGGAGGCACUGGACUGAUUAAGUUGCUGCAGGACAAGAACAAAUACGUGCGUCCGAACUCAUUUCAGCUCGGCUAAACUGGACUGCUGCCAAAAAAAGAAGGGAAAUAUUCGGAACGCUGCGAGAAGGGG